AUGGGCGCCGCCCAGCAGCAGACGCGCGACCACGGCGACCACGGCCACGGCCACGGUCACGGCCAUGGCCACCACCAUCACCACCACGACAACUCGUACCUCAUCUCCGCCAACAAGAACGACUCGGGCGUGCGCAUAACGCGCAUUGGCCUGCUGUCCAACCUGGGCAUGGCCGUGGCCAAGUUCAUCGGCGGCUGGGCCUUCAACUCCAAGUCUAUGACGGCCGACGCCUGGCACAGCAUCGCCGACCUCGCCUCCGACAUCCUGACGCUCGCCACCGUCUCGUGGAGCCUCAAGCCUCCCUCGGACCGCUUCCCGCUGGGCUUCGGCAAGGUCGAGAGCCUGGGCUCGCUGGGCGUGUCGGGCAUGCUGCUGAUCGGCGGCUUCUACAUGGGCUGGGAGAGCGCCAUCAGCCUGUACGGUCACUUCAACCCCGAGGCCGCGCACGAGAUCCUGGAGCACAUGGGCGGACACGGCCACAGCCACUCCCACAGCGCGGCGAGCCUCGGCAUCCCCAGCAUCCACGCGGCGUGGCUCGCGGCGGGCACAAUCCUGAUCAAGGAGUGGCUCUACCAUGCUACGAUGAAGGUGGCCCGCGAGCGCAAAUCGUCGGUGCUCGCAUCCAACGCCGUGCACCACCGCGUCGACAGCCUGACGGGCAUCGUGACCCUCGCCGCCAUUCUGGGCGCCAACGUGUUCGAGAACGCAGCGUGGCUGGAUCCGGUGGGCGGGCUCCUCAUCUCCAUCAUGGUGGUCAACGCCGGGUUCGAGAACACCAAGUCGGCGCUGUACGAGCUGGCGGACCAGAGCAUCGACGACGAGGUCAAGGGCUCGGUGCGCAAGCAGGCGCAACGCGCGCUGGCCAACGUGAGCGAGGGCCACGAGGCGGAGCUGCGCGAGGUGUCGGGCAUCAAGUCGGGGCAAAACUACCUGGUGGACCUGGAGAUGGCGGUGCCGGGCAAGUGGACGGUCGAGGACGUCAAGGAGCUCGAGGACGGGGUGCGGACGCUCGUGGGCGGCAAGGUCCGGGGCGUGCGGCGCGUGCGCGUGCGCUUCGUGUCGCGCGACGGGCCCGUCAACGAGCGCUUCGACGAGUUCAUCCCCGGGUCGGUGCACGUCGAGGCGGACCCGGAGCCGCGCGAGAACGGCGAGGCCGAGGACAAGUCGGCGGCGGCUGUAGAGGACAAGCACAGGCAUUAG